UAAUUUUUNGGAUUUGGAUUGAUUUGGAUACAAAUAAAUUUUCAUUUCGUUGUGUAAAAUUAUAUUUUGCUGAUAUAUUUUUUUUAAAAUGAAAGCAACGUUAAUAUUUGAUAGUGUAAAUGAUUUGUUGUUUUCAAAAUGGGAUGAUACUUUCAUACAACGCAUGAAAUGUUUCAAUGAACAGGAAACUGAAGGCAUAUCGGACAGUUACAAUGUGUCCCAAUUACUGUCUCCUAUCAUUACAUCUCAACGCGUCAUGGCUGCACAAUUUGGGAAUACUUAUUCUUCAAUGCAGUGCAAAGACAACACUACUAUUGUUUUCGAUGAGUGGCUAGACCAUGUCUUCAUGAUCAUCAGCGAGGAUGAUGUAGAUGAUGCUCAUAGGGAGCUCCUGGACUGUAAAACUUAUGUGCAACAUAUUUGUGGACAAAACAUUAACCUCUUACAGUCCUGUGUGUAUCAAGACUGGCUAUCAGUCUUAUUAGAUUGUAGAACCAAGGGUGAUUCUAUUCCUGGAGCCAGUGGAAUGAUUGGUGAGAGUGGUGCUACAGGAGCGGCUCUUAAUGCUCUAAAAGCUGCAGCCAAAGACAUCAAGUGCUCACCACACCACCACUACCAUCUGAUGCUGUAUGUAGGGGACAAGAUAUUAGCUCUCUACUCUAGCCGUGGCAGUGAGGACUUGUCUGCUCCUGAUUUGAUUCUGAUGAGUAACCAGUGUGUGGCUGCCCAGGAGUAUUGGACUAAUGUUGAUGUUGGGGAAAAUGGGUCUCACAAUUCCAUUCAUUUGCCUUGGCUGUCUGAGGAGAACAGUGCCAUUGUGAAUCUGUGCGCAGGUGCCACAUGCAGCCCAUGCGCGCCAUACUCAAUGCACAUUGCAGAAGUGGCACCUAGGAUAACUUUUGUAGCUCUCAUUGACAUGGAUUUAAGGGAAGUGGGCAUUGCUGUACAUAUGUCAAGUCAAAUUUUGUCUAAUUUAAGAAGACUUUUAUUACAAAGAAACUUGGAAUUACUUCCAACAACCCUUGACUCUUUGGAAGCUGCAUUAAAAAAGACAACAGACGCAUUACGUAAAAACAAAGCACACUCGAACCUCUGCGCUCGCGUGACGUCACGCAUGCUGGAGCUACGCAAGUCUUGCACCACGACCACGCCGCUGACUCCCGAGACUGCUGCCACAGCCAUGCACACCGCCCUGGAGGCCGUCAUCGAACUCCUCAAGCCAGACAUCCCCAGCCUCAAACUGGACCAAGCGCUUAAGAACUUAAGAACCAUUUUAGCGCCAUACGUCGAGUUUCUAAGAGUGAAAGCGAUGAGAUACUUCAGCCUUGGAUCGGGCGAGGCGGACAGUGGUUCCCUAACGCUGCACAAGUAUGUGGAGGAGUUCCCUGGACUGGUCCACUUCGUGUACGUGGACCGAGCCACGGGCCGUUUCCUGGCGCCCGACAUGGCCGACUGUGUUGACAUGCUCUCAGCGGACACCGUGCGCGCAAUAAUAGCGCGCAGCUUCGCCGUGAUCCGGGAAGGCUACACGGCGGCGACGUGGCGGCGCGGCGCAUUGCACGCGUGCUGCGUGACCUGGUGGGAGCGGCGCGGCGCGGCCGUGCGCCCCGCGCGGGCCCCGCACCCCGCCGCCGUGCGCGCGCUGCCGCCGCCGGGGGACAUCCGCGGCGCCUUCUACAGGCAACUCACGGAACAAGCGUUUCCCACGGACAGCCAAGGAGUCAGCAUGAAGGAGCUGAUCUGCGUCCACUUAGGGCUGCUUCCCGCGUCGACGGCCGUGCAGCAGGCGAGACGACUCGCGCACUCCGUCCACGAGCUGGCGGGAGACAACCCUGCUGUCGCGGCUGAUCUGCUCUAGAUUGUAACUAUAGUCGUUAUAUUUAAGAUUAUAGGGAUCAUAACUGAGAGAAAAAGCAUACUAUGCGUUGCGGCGGCGUUGCGUAAGCGUUGCGUAGCCACGAUAGCCGAACGGUGAAGGGGUCGGACUGGCCGACUCGUGAUCCGGGGAACGCGAGUUCGGUCCCCUCCGCCGCUUGACUAUUGUGGUGAGCUCACUCGUGAUACAAACAUAUUUAGCUUAGUACGAGGGGACUAUUACUAAUUUGUGCUUGAGUAAUAACAAAUUACUAAUAAUCUUUAAAAAAACUAACAGAAAUAUUUGUAGCGGGCCGCGCCACGCGAUACGGCUAAAUCUUUGCGGUGUAGCGCCGCAACGCAUCGUGUGCUUUGGCUCUUGAGUUGGUACCUGCGGUAGUGGAAAGGAUGAUUAUGUGACGUAGUAACAAAGAUGUCACGGUAUUGACGCACAUCUGCCCCGUUUACGAACGACUUGUUGUGUCAGUUCCACAGAUCUGUGGUCAGUUCAGACUGCUCCGACACACAAAAAACAAAAAAGGGGACUGAUAUCUCGAUGACGUUUUGACAUUACAACAGACACCGCUCUAUUAUGGCAGGAACCGAUUCAGUUAUCCGCUUUACAUGUAGUAUGAUAGGAAGCUAUAUAUUUCCAUUCCACUGUAUUUGUAGAUUUUUCCAUUUAUUAUUUCCAACGUAUAAAUAUAACAGUAACAGCUUGAUAGUAUUAUUAAAACUGCGAUUGGUUGACGUGAAUUUCGCCAACCGAAUUAUCAGUAGAGUAAGGAAUAG